AUGGUCACAACAAAUAAUAAUAAUAAUAAAAAUAAUAAAAUAAAAACAAUUAAUAAUGAUAAAUUAAAAAGUAAAUCAACAACAAAAAUAAAAAGUAAAUCAAAAUGUUUAAAUAAAUUUAUAAUAUAUACAUCAAUUAGUAUAUUAAUAAUUUCAAUAAUUAUUUCUAUUGGAUUCAUUGGAUUUACAUCACAUUCAUUAUUAUAUUUUCCAUGGUUGAGAACACAACAUAAACCAAAUAUUGGUGAUCCAAAGACAAAAUUUGGAAUUGAUUUUCAAGAUAUAGAAUUUCCAAGUUUUGAUGGUGAAAAUAAUAAUAAUAAUAAUAGUAGUAUGAAAAUUAGGGGAUGGUGGAUACCAGCAUCAAAAGAAAAUUGUAAACAAUUAUGUGUAAUCUCAAUUCAUGGUAGUGGUAGAGACCGUUAUGAAUGGAUAAACCAUACUAAAUUAUUCCAUGAUGAGGGUAUAUCAAUAUUAAACUACGAUUCAAUUGAUGGUGUUGGUAAAUCUGAUAGCGCAAAUCGCGGUGUGGGCUACAGUUAUAGGGAGCAUAAAGACGUUCGUUCCGCUAUUAGAUUAUUGAAAACCACUGAACCCUAUAAUAAAAUCUGCAAGAAAUUAUUGCUCACCGGUAUGUCAUUGGGUGGUGGCAGCGUGAUUAUUGCAGCUGCAAAAGACAGACAUUUAAUCGACGGUGUAAUUGCAGAGAGUCCAUAUGCCUUGGCCUCUUCCGCUUGGAGACAUAACAUAUUUAGAUUCUUGGGCGCUGGAAUCAGUUCAUUCUUUCCAUUCAUUAAAUCACCAUAUGACCAAUUAUUACCAAAGAAUCCACCAGAGAUCAUUGUUGACACGAUUUUAAAACUCACUGAAUAUCGUAUCAUCUCCACUACUAUCAAUGUUAGCAAAGAUGAUACACCACUAAAUUAUGUAGAUAAAAUAUCACCAAAACCAAUACUUUUCAUUCAUGCAACUCAUGAUCCAGUUGUACCCUAUAGUCAAUCAGUUUUACUAUAUGAAAAAGCAAAUCAUCCAAAAGAAUUAUGGACUGUUCAUAAUAAAACUCAUCAAACUGCUUUUCAUUCAACUUCAAUCGAUCAAUAUAAAGAUAAAUUAAGAAAUUUUAUAAAACAAUUAUAA